AUGGCCGACGUCGGCCCAUCCAAAGAAGUCAGUAGCGUAAGCAAGACGACUAAGCCUUUCAAGCAUGCGUGCUCACCUUUCCUUGGACUCCCCCGACAUUGCCCUUGCAAUAGGAUCUCGUCCUCAUCUUCAAGCAUCUCAAGUCGCUCCGCAAGGAGAACCGGGUACGCUUUUGCUAUGGUCGCGGAGCAGCUGGAGAGCGACUCCAAAAUUGAACAGAUUCUUUUCCAAUCUUGCAGGUAUGCUUCGACUGCGGGGCCAAAAACCCGACAUGGGCAAGCGCCACAUUUGCGGUCUACAUCUGCCUAGACUGUAGCAGCGUGCAUCGCAACAUGGGCGUGCACAUCACCUUUGUUCGGUGAGCUUUCUCUCUCACGAAGCGCUCUGCCGAGUCACGCUCGCUGAUCCACCACUUCAUCCUUCUCACAGAUCUACAAACUUGGACAGCUGGACAUGGGCCCAGUUGCGCCUGAUGAAAGUGGGAGGGAAUGGCGCAGCAACGGACUUCUUUUCUAGGCACGGUGGAUCUGGUCUUCUCACUCCAGGCACGGAAGGCAAAGUCAAGUAUACAUCCGGUGCAGCUAACGCAUACAAGGCCGAAUUGAAGCGUCGAGCAGAAGAGGAUGCUAGAGGUGCACCCAUCGGAAGCAGAGUGGUCUUUCCUGGCAUGGCGGCUGAAGGACCUCUGGCUUCUACCACGACCACUGCCGCAGCCGGCGCAGCAGGCGAUGAGGACUUUUUCGACGACUGGGAUAAGCCCGCUGGAACCGCUGCGCCCAAGCCCGCUCAAGCUGUCAGACCCGCUGCUGGUGCGUUGCCAGCCAUCGGAGCUGGCAGGCCCGCCCCUCAGUCAGCGCGAAAUGCCGCGCCUGCUGCUGCUGCCGCCGCUCCUGCCGUUGCGGCACCCAAGCCUGCACCCUCUCCUCAACCCAUCUCUUCGUCUUCUUUUCGAUCUUCCACCCCCACGGGCAGUGUACGUGGUGGCGGCGGCAAAUCAGCGCUAGGAGCCGUGCGUGCUAAGCCUGGUCUAGGAGCCACCAAGCUGGGUGCAGCUGGCGGCUCGAAGCUGGGAGGCGUGAAACGAGGAGGUCCAGCUGUAGACUUCGAAGCGUUAGAAAAGGCGGCCAAGGAGCAGGAGUCUAAGGAUGCAGCUUUGGCGGCCGCAGCUGCAGCCGAAGAAGAGGCGGCCGCCAAGGUGGCAAAGGAGCAAGCGGAAGCUGAAGGGAUUGCCAAAGCUGCUAUUGCGGCUGCUGCUCAGGCCGAGAGGGAUGCCAAAGCAAAGGCCAGUCAGGCUUCCAAUGCUAGCAAUGGCAAGCCCAACAGCCCGGUGAGACCAAGUGGAGAAAUGGAAAGGCUUGGCAUGGGCUUUGGACGAAUGCAGAUGGGCGCUCAGCGUGUAAAGGCGCAGAAUGAUGCUGAGAGGGCAGCAAAGCUUGCCAGCUACACCGGUGAGCUUAAUCGGCGUGCCUCUCACAUUGCGAUCAGCGCUCUGACACAAAGACUACUCGGUGUUGUAGCGGACGACACGGACUAUGCGCGUAACAAAUUUGCGGGCCAAAAAUGUAAGUAGACCAGGAGGACGCGUCUCAUGUUGAUCACUGAAAUCUUGACGAUUCUGUCGCUUCCCUUCUCCACACCUCAGCCAUAUCCUCGGACCAGUACUUUGAGCGCGGCAACUAUGAUGCCAAUGCCUCUGCAGAAGCGCGUGAAAGGUUGCAAGGCUUCACUGGACAAACGAGCAUCUCAUCCAACCAAUACUUGUGCGUUGCCUCACGCGCGGCCGUGCCGGUGGCCUGCCAUUUCAGCUGACGCUCUCUCGCUUGUUCCACCAUUGAUUUCAUCGCAAUAGCGGUCGCGAUGAAGAUGACGAGCCUCCCCCGGCUGCCAAUGGAGACUGGGCCGGUGACUUCGAACAGACUGCCAAAGAGUACUACGGCAAGUUCAUGGCCAAUCCGGACGUGCAGAGCGGGAUCGAGAGCUUCAGGGCUGGUGCUAUGAAGGUGCGUUCGAGUCUCCACAUGUCACGUCUGAUCGUGACCCGGCCAAGUGGCUGACACGGUGCUUCUUUCUCCCUCUCUCUUUCACGCAGCUGAGCCAGUACCUCGAGGAAAUGUCCCGCAAUGGAGGUUGA